UUUUUUGCCAGCUCCAACGCAGCUGUCUCAAGACCAACUAGAACUAGAAGAAAGAGCAAGAGCUCAAAGAUCUAGGCAGACUGCUCUAGUCUCAUCACGAAGGGAACCUCCCCCAUAUGGUUACCGGAAAGGAUGGAUACCACGAGUGCUAGAGGAUUUUGGAGAUGGGGGUGCUUUCCCAGAAAUUCAUGUGGCCCAGUAUCCAUUGGAUAUGGGCCGAAAGAAGAAGAUGUCCAAUGCUUUGGCUAUUCAAGUGGAUGCCGAAGGAAAAAUAAAAUACGAUGCAAUUGCUCGCCAAGGACAAUCCAAGGACAAGGUUAUUUACAGCAAGUACACAGAUCUCGUGCCAAAAGAGGUCAUGAAUGUGGAUGAUCCUGAACUGCAAAGACCAGAUGAGGAGGCAAUUAGAGAGAUAACAGAGAAGACAAGAGCAGCCUUGGAGAAGUCAGUCUCCCAAAAAGUUGCAGCGGCCAUGCCAGUUCGAGCAGCUGACAAACUAGCUCCUGCACAGUACAUUCGGUACACACCAUCUCAGCAAGGCGUUGCCUUCAACUCUGGAGCAAAACAGAGAGUCAUUCGGAUGGUGGAAAUGCAGAAGGACCCUAUGGAGCCACCAAGAUUCAAAAUUAACAAGAAGAUUCCACGUGGACCACCUUCUCCUCCAGCACCUGUAAUGCACUCUCCUAGUAGAAAGAUGACUGUGAAAGAGCAGCAAGAGUGGAAAAUUCCUCCGUGCAUUUCAAACUGGAAAAAUGCAAAGGGUUACACCAUUCCAUUAGAUAAGCGUCUGGCUGCAGAUGGCAGAGGAUUGCAGACUGUUCAUAUUAAUGAAAACUUUGCCAAGCUUGCUGAGGCUCUCUAUAUAGCUGACAGAAAGGCUCGUGAGGCAGUAGAGAUGCGUGCCCAGGUGGAGAGGAAGAUGGCUCAGAAAGAAAAGGAGAAACAUGAGGAAAAGCUCCGAGAAAUGGCUCAGAAAGCCAGGGAAAGAAGAGCAGGGAUCAAAACCCAUGUUGAAAAAGAGGAUGGAGAAGCUAGAGAAAGAGAUGAAAUCAGGCAUGACCGGCGCAAAGAGAGACAGCAUGACAGAAAUCUUUCCAGGGCAGCCCCUGACAAAAGGUCAAAGCUGCAGAGAAAUGAGAACAGAGAUAUCAGUGAAGUUAUUGCCCUAGGGGUACCCAACCCCAGGCCAUCCAAUGAAAUCCAAUACGACCAGAGGCUGUUCAACCAGAGCAAGGGUAUGGACAGUGGCUUUGCUGGAGGAGAGGAUGAAAUUUAUAAUGUUUAUGACCAGCCUUGGAGAAGUGGCAAGGAUAUGGCCCAGAACAUCUACAGGCCAAGUAAAAAUGUGGAUAAGGACAUGUAUGGUGAUGAUCUAGAGGCUCGAAUAAAGACCAAUCGGUUUGUUCCUGAUAAAGAGUUUUCUAACUCAGAUCGUAACACCAGAGGGAGGGGCAGAGAUGGACCAGUUCAAUUUGAGGAGGAUCCAUUUGGUUUGGACAAGUUUCUGGAAGAAGCUAAGCAACACGGUGGUUCUAAACGGCCAUCGGACAGCAGCCGCCCUAAAGAACAUGAGCAUGAGAGCAAAAAAAGGAGGAAGGACUGA